AUACACUCACACAUUUCCACGUGUAUUUUUCAUUACCAUUUUUACUUUUAACACAUUCUUUCAUCACUAACACAUGUUAAGGAUGUCCAAACUAAUAAUAUUAAUAGAACGCUAACCACGAGGGAAAUUACAGUUAAACCUCUGUCUGCAGAAUGACAGUAUUUGUAAAUUGUGCACCGUUAAGCCUACCGCGACUUGGCACGCCCUUCAUUAAACACUGUGCAUGCGGCAUCCAUGGGAAGAGCGCAUGAUAUUUCUGCAGACGAAAAACAUGAUUGCAUACAUACAGGAAUAAGAAACGUGUCUUAAAAGACAGAUUUGACGCUAAAAGCCACCAAAGUAAAACCAAUUAAGAGGUUAUCCAAGUCUUGGGGAUGUUCUUGAAUACUGGAUCAGGAAUUAUGAGGCCUUCUACAGAUUCUGCUCUUCCAGUACCUUGUGCUUUAUGGCCUGUAGACCUAAAGUUGACACACAUAGACUGUAAUCCCGAAAACUCCCUGGUUCAUUUACAGGGUCAAUACAUAACAGUAUGUGAACUGGACUACAACAUAGUGCAAGUAGAAAUACAGAACACACCCAAAACUAAAGAGACUGUUGAAAUCGGUGCGUUCUGCUUGGUGGAAGACAUCUCUGGUUACUGGUACAGAGGAAGAGUACAGAACAGAAGAAAUGAUGUAUUUGAUGUGUUUCUCAUCGAUAAUGGAACUGUUUUGAGUGUUGAUGCUAGCCAUCUGGCUUCUGCCUCUGAUGAGUUGUUUAUGUUGCCCCCCAAAAUUGUAUGUGGCUUUUUUUCAAACAUACAGCCAACUGGAGAAAAGUGGGGACCUUUAGCAGUGAAGUACUUCUUAUCCUUGCAUGGUUUGGAGGUCAAAGGCUAUAUCCAGUCAAUUCUGCCACACAAAGUGCUGGUUCUUGAAGUACCAGAUGUGAACAAAGAGGUCAUUAAACUGGGUUUAGGGAAAGCUGUAGACAAAGACACGUUCCUUCUACUUGUGGAAAUGCUGACUGAGUUGCCAUUGAAACAAAACUCGGAACCUGUUCCUGAUUUGUUAAUUGAAAGGCACGCCGGACAAGAGUUCUCUUUCAAACCAUCCAGCUUUCAUGGUUUCCAGAAUGUAGUGGCAUCUUGUGGCCCCCAGGUGACGAUUGGUAAAACGGAGCGAGUUAAACUAACCUCAGCGAUAAACGCUGGUACAUUUUACUGCCAGUUGAUGCACAUGUCCCUAGAUCUUCAGGAAGUGACAGAGAAAUUGUCAUAUUGCUGUGAAUGUGAAUGUAAAGAACUUUGUGAAAAACCCACUGGAAAUGUUGGUGUACUGUGUGCUGUCAAAGGUAAAGAUGAGAAGUGGCACAGAGGCUUUGUGCAACAGGUUCUUUCAAAUGGCCAUGCGAGAGUCUUGUUUGUUGAUUACGGGUUCUGUGAAUCUGUAAAGGCAGAGAACAUCCUGCAGCUGCCGCCAGAUUUCCAUUCCGCACCAAUUAUGUCUUUCCCGUGUGCACUUUCAUGUUUAACAGGACUAGAUGAAGAGCUACAGAAACAGCAGAUGAAUGAAUUAAAAAAAGGGUUGUUGAGAGGGAUUUUGUACAUUCGCCCAGAUAGUUUUAAGCCUGACCAUCAUCUGUAUUACGUUACACUGCUUAGUCCUCUGGAUGGUGCCGAUCAAGGCUUUCAGAAAGAAUCAUGUAAACGACAGCCUUUUACAGGACCAUAUGGCAAACCCACCUAUACACAUACAGUCCAAGAAGAUAGCAUCCAGGAAAUGUGCAAAACUCCGCCUUCAUCUGAUAAUUGGGACAUAAGCAACAGGAAACCAACAGCCAAAGCUACUUACAAAGUUAAAGAACUAGAAGAUGGCUCUGUCUUUGUGGGUUAUGUUGAACAUGUUUUGAACCCAUCAGAUUUUUGGAUAAGAACAGAUGAUUAUAACAGUGAGUUUGAAGAAAUGAUGAAAAACAUUGUGUGUUUUUACGACAGCUUGGAGCUUGAUGAGGGGAUUCUUGACAAUCCAGAACCUGGUUUACUGUGCUGUGCCAUGUUUGAAAAAGAUAUGCAUUACUACAGAGCUGUCAUCGUUGAUGUGUUUGAAAAUGGAGCAGAGGUAUUUUUUUUGGAUUUUGGAAACACUGAUAAAGUGCCGUAUAUGUGUAUUAAAACCCUGCCUUUGAGGUUUGCGGAGGUGCCUGCGUUAGCUUUUCAUUGUUCUCUUGCUCACUUGGUACCGGUGGAAGAUGUGUGGACAGCAAAUGCUACCAGUGUUUUUAGGACAGCAGUCCUCAAUAAAGUCCUGUUGGUGCAUGUUGUCCAGAAGCGGAAAGAUAAAUAUAUUGUUGAUUUACAUGAUAAAGAAAUUGAAAGCAAGUGUAGCGUCAUCACACUUUUGGUUCAGGCUGGAUUAGCUGAAUACUGGAAAGAAAUGUCUGCAGAUUACAAUCAGAAGUUGGCUAAAGCAUCCUGGGACCAGCAGUCAAAAAGAAAGAAACAUAAAAAUGUUUCAUUUAUGCAGAGCCAGCAUAACUCAAAAAGCAAAGAAACAUCUCCAGUUCAAAGUGUUGCAAGGCCGGGAAAAAUUCCUUGCAAUGUGUUAAGCAACUCGUAUACAGAGGAUUUUUUAAAACUCUUUACUAGUGCAAAUGUCUCAUCAGAACAAAGGGAAACUUCCACAAAAGUACCAAUCAAACCACAGAUCUUCAAAGUGGGAUGUGUGCUUGAUGUGAAGAUUUCUUCCAUCAACUCUCCAUCUGAAUUUUGGUGCCAAGUGAAAAACCAGUUAUUUAAGAUGGAGUUGUUGAUUGAAGACAUUCAGUGCUAUUACCGUUCGCAUGCAGAUCCAUUUCAGCCCGGUGAACUUGCUUGUGUUGCAAAAUGUUCAAAGGAUGGAAAGUGGUACAGAGGAUGUGUGGUCCAACAAAUGCAAGGUAAAGUUGAUGUUCUGUUUAUUGACUCUGGCAUCAAGGAGCGAAAAAGCAUUAAGAAUGUUCGGGCUAUAAAACCAGAAUUCCUGGAUCUCGAAGGGCAAGCUUUUAGGUGUAGCCUUUACAACCUAGUUGAGUCUGUAGAUGGCAACCCAUGUCAGUGGAGUAAAGACGCAUGCCAAGCAUUUCAAGACUUCACCCAAAGUGGUUCAGAACUAAAGUGUAUUAUACAUGCACUGACAAUUAUAGAGAAAAGGGGUUUGUGCAAUGUUGUGGACAUUCAGACUCCUUUUCACAGUGCAGGUCAGCUACUUGUAGAGAAGGGCUUUGCCAGAGACAUGGGAACCCCAAAGGGACUUAUCCCAUCAGUUCAUCUCUAUUCUUACUAUCAUUCCUUAUUUAACAUGAAAAUUGGAAGUGAAGAGAAGGUAUACAUAACGCAUGUGUGUAGUCCAUGGGAGCUGUACUGUCAACUAGAUAAAAAUACUGAAGUUCUCCAAGACCUCAUGGCAGAAGUCACUCUAACUGUCAGUGAAAUUCAGGAAAAGGGCUGGGAUGUUGGCCCAAUAAGAGUUUGCUUAGCUAGGUAUCAUGGAGAUGGCUUAUGGUACAGAGGUUUAGCGUUUCCAGUACAGUCUCCUUUACAUUUGAAUGUGUUUUUUGUUGACUAUGGAAACAUGCAUGUUGUUGAGAAAAGUGAUGUACUGCCUGUCCCUGCAGAAGCUACAUAUGUACUGCUUACACCCAUGCAGGCUGUGAAAUGCACACUGGCGGAUAUCCCGGAAGGAGAAUUGCUUGUAGAGGUAAAUAAAUGGCUAGAGGAAAAUGUAUUGAACAAGCCGCUGAAUGCAAUUGUGGUUGCGAAAGAGUACACCGGGAAUCUUGUCCUUGAACUGUAUGAUGGCAGCCUUCAAAUUAAUGAGAAGGUAAAGAAGCUAAUGAGUUUGCAUAGGCAAAAGAUAAAACCUGUUGAUGCUGAAGAACCUGCAGAAAAGGAUUACCAGAAAAGGCAGAGAGCAGCUGAAUUGCCCAAAACUAAGAGUGACACUAAAGUAAAAAAUCAGGGAAGAAAGCCAAGGAGUAGUGAUAACGGUAGAGUUAUUCUUAAGGCACAUCGAACGUUAAAGAGAGAGAGUAAAAUCAGUGCUAAAUGUUUUGUUCCGUUCAGGGGUGAAAAAGAACCACAUGUAACUGGAAGCCAAAUGAGAACCAAGGAAACUAAUAAAAGAACACCAGAUUAUGCAAAUGAGCGCAAGAUCAUUGGAAACGUGCUACCAAAAUGUUCUGAACUUCCAGAGACAAAAGUUAAGUCUGGUACCAUAAGCAUAGGAUUUAUUUCUCACUUCAGGAAUACAUCCGACUUCUACAUCCAGUUAGAGGAGGGCGAACAGUCACUUUUAACGAUGGUGGAAGAACUGAACAGUCCACUGUUUACAAAGGACCUGGACAACAAAAUUUGUGGGGAGCUGAAGGUGGAUGAUCUUGUUGCAGUUGAAUUUGAGGAAGAUGGUGCUUUCUAUCGUGCAGUUGUAAAAGAUAUUUCUGCUGAUGGAUCUCUUCAGGUAGAAUUUAUUGACUAUGGAAAUACAGCAACAGUUGACAAAACAAAGGUCUUAAGACUUGCAGAUAAAUGUAUAACCCAGGCAAGACUAAGUAUUGCAUGUUUUCUAGGAAAGUCUGGUAGCUUGAAAGAUGAAUCCCAUUUCAAAGAUGAUGUAAUUGACAAGCCACUUUCACUUCACUUUGUAAAACAGAAAGGACCGAAGUGGGAAGUAAUAAUGAACGUUAAUAAUGAAACUGUUGAAGAUGAGAUUGCUCAAAGUGUGCCACCUUGUGCAGACUUAACAGAGCAGAACCUUUACGGAAGUUGUUGCAAAAGUGAAGUUCCUACUGACUCUGGAAUUGCAACUAAAAGUAAAGAAGAUACCAAAGAACAUAAGCAGAGUGAAAAAGGUCACCAUUGCGAACAGAGGUUCACAGAACCUGAAGCAUCUGAUGGGACAGCUGCUUCAUUGGCUGAUUACACAGAUUGCUGUAGAAAGGAAAUACAGUAUCAAGACUUGAAACCUGGACAGAUUGAAGCUGGCAGCAUACUUUCUGUUGCAAGUAACGGAGAUCUCUAUAUCAAGCUUGUUAGAAAUUCUGAACAGUUUUCUUCUUUGUGCUUGGCCGUAGCAGAACAUGCAGGAAGAAGCAACUUGCUGUCAGUGACGAACAUAAGAGAAGGACAUGAAUGCUUAGCAAGGUCUGAGAGAGAAUGUCUGUGGCACAGAGCAGACGUCGAAGAAAUCUUUACUGAAAGUGAGGAAGUAAGUGUCGCUUUUUUUGAUCAUGGAGCCACAGAGACGAUUUCUAUCAGUGAUAUAAAGGAACUUGCUGAUGACCUGAAACAUGUACCCAGACAAGCUAUUUUGUGCAAGUGGCAUGGCUGUGAAAAACUAAAAAGUGAAUCUGGCGAGAUGUUAAAUAAUUAUUUAAAGCCAUUAAUGGAUCAGGAAAUCAAACUUUUGUUUGUUUCAGUUUUUAAUUCCCCUCCAGUAUGGGAGGUUGAGAUUAUGAUAGAUGGUGGUUUACUCGUCCAUCAAGUUAAAGAUCCAACUUCUGUGAGAGAUGAAGAGAUUAUAAAGUCAAAACCUAAAUUAGGAGAUUAUUUGCAGAAUGGCGACAAUGUAAAUGACACCACUCCUCCACAGUCACUUACUUUGGCUCCUGUCCAGACAAAUAAGGGGUAUUCUGGAUUUGCAGCAGCUGUUAUUGAUCCAUCUGAGUUCUUCAUUGAGCUAGAAGAUAUGUUUCUUACUAUGAAUACUGUGUCCAUGAUGCUGGCAGAACUCCCAGAAGACUUGGCUGUAUUGCCUGUGGGGCUUAUAAAACCUGGCUCAUGCUGUCUUGUGAAUAGUGAAUCUAAGAACAAAUGGUGUAGAGCGGAGAUCACUGAGGUUGCAAACAAUUCUGUGCAAACUACUCUUGUUGAUUAUGGGCAUUGCUCACCUGUGCCGUACUCUAGUUUAAAUGAGAUUAAAAAGAUACCAGAAGAGCUUGCAAGGUUGCCAAAGCUGACCUACCCCUGUCUCCUUAGGGGAGUGAAGCCUAUAAAUGGAGAACACUGGACAGAUGAAGCAAUUAUUUUCUUCCAAGAAUGUAUCUGUCGGAGAAAUCUCAUCAUUUAUUUUAGACGGUAUGUUUUUGAGGCGCUUUGGGAAGUGGACAUUCUGAUUGGUGAUGUAGACAUAGCCAUUGAGCUAGCUGCUGCUCGACAUGCUGUUUAUAUUGAAAACAUGCCUCUGCUUAGAAAAGAAGUGGAAAAGCCUUCCGACUUGUAUUCACAAAUGUCGCCAAAUCCAUCCGUCCCAGAAAUUGUAAAUAGUGCUAUAUUGUCUUUGCUGAAGCAAAAGCAUUGCAAUGAAUACUUAAACUGUGGCAGUUUUUGCGAUGAGAAUGAUCCUAAUAGUAUUGUAGUUAAUGGCGAGUCUUGGCCGCCAGUGCAGCAGGGGAAUGUGCAGGAUGUAGAGAACAAUUCCUCCGCUCAUGAACAAGAGGACAGCAUCCAUGAUAACACAAAGAAAACACUGACUGUGGGGUUGCCGUUGAAGAAAAAUUGUGUACUGAUGUAAGAUGUCCUGUAAAAGAUGGCUGGUCUGGAUUCUGGAAACAUCCUGAAAAAGACACUCAUGGAAUGAUAAUUGCACAGCUCCUUUACCCAAGACUAAUGUUUUGCCUAUAAGGUUUUUUUGUUUUGUUUUUCAUCGGUCAUCGUUGGUUACGUUUCAACUUUUUUUUUUAAUAUAAAUUAUUUUCAUUUUAAAUAUUUACUAGGUUAUAGUUGGCUUCCAAAAAAAACCUUAAUCGGAUGGAGAUAUUGCUCCAUGUGGAAUGCUGGGGCUCUGUACAAAGUUUUGAAUGUGUCAUUUUCUAGUGUUGAAUUCCCUUUACUAGUUAAAUACAAUGACUUAAUGACUUCCCUGAAACAUGCAUUAUGUGAAAUUACCUGAUUUGACCUUUAUCUUUCCUGUUACUGGUGCACAAUUUAAGAUUUGAGAUAUUUGACUAAAUAUAUAUACAUAUAUAUUAGUUAGUUAGUUAGUUGCACUUAACUGCUGCUUUUUACUAACUUUUUUUUUUCUAUGUUAAUAGCAUGAAGUCCUUUUAUGUGUGAAGUUCAGUUGUUAAAUGUGUUUUGUAGCAGGGAAAAUGUUCUAUUGCAAAAUAGUACUAAAUGGGGAAAAAUGUGUUCCAAUAACAGGUUAUACUUACUUCGUAAGUCAUCCUAAUUUCUUGCAAGUUACAAAAGUAUGUUCUGUGUAAUGUGACUGAUCUUUGUAUUUGACCCCAUAGCAUAGCCUUGAAAAGUGUAUGGCAAGCCUCAAAAGAGAUCACCUUAUCUGCUAAGACUACCUUGAGCACUGGCUAAUGACAGUGUCUGAA